AUGUCGACCAUAUUGGCCCCCUACCCAGUUCGAGUCCACUCCUAUCGCAGCAGCGGACAGCACCCGCGAACAGUGCAGUCUUACGAGCACCUCCCCCGCAUCACCACCGCCACAGCCCAACCUAAAAAUGCACUCGUCUUCAUAGGCGGCCUGGGCGACGGGCCCCACACGAUCCCCUAUGUCCGGCACCUCGCUGAGCACCUUUACGCUAGGGAAACACCACCCGCCGCGGUUCGCUAUGCCGUGUUUGAGACGCGCUUGUCGAGCGCGUUCACGGGGUUCGGCUACGCCUCGCUUGCGCAGGACGCGAGGGAGAUUGCCGAUAUGGUGCGGUAUUUGCGGAUUGGGUUGGGGGUGCGGAGGGUCGUGCUCAUGGGGCAUAGCACGGGGUGUCAGGACUGUUUGGAGUAUGGGAGUAAAUUCUUGCGUAGUACGGAGGGGACGGAGGGGGAGGAAGUGAGGGUGGAUGGGUUUGUGCUGCAGGGCCCGGUGUCGGAUCGCGAGGCUAUAGGGAUGGUGGAGGAUAAGGGGGAGGUGGAGGGUGCGUUGCUGGUUGCCGAAGGGAUGGUGAGGGAGGGAAGGGGAGAGGAGGUUAUGCCGAGGGAGGUCAUGCCCAAGGGAUGGAGGGGGAGUCCUGUUACGGCGUAUCGGUGGUGUUCGCUGGCGGCUGUUGGCGGCGAUGACGAUUAUUUCUCUUCGGAUUUGCCCGACAAAAAUUUGGUAGAAAUCUGGGGCAGGUUAGAACAGCCAGUGCUGAUUCUGCCGUCGGAGAAGGACGAGUGGGUGCCAGCCGGGGUGGACGUGAUGGGGCUUGUCAACAAGUGGAAGAGCUUCUGCAAGCCGGGUAUCGCCAGCGAGCUCAGUGGGCUUAUUCCGGGCGCAAACCACGGAGUGGACAACGAGACCGGGCAGCAGUGGCUCGCAGAUCGCGUUGCACAGUUCUUGGUUGAGAUUGACAAGCAACUCUAA